GUUCGUUAUGCUCUUCUCACCAGGCAGGUAAUGCCCUUUCUGCACACCCCUGGCCAAAAUGCUUGGAUUCGACCUGGAAUUCGGCCGUCACCGAUGGGCCCUCAUGUAUUGCUCCAUCUCUGCCAUCGGAGCCCUUGUAUUCGCCUAUGACAACACCUACUACAGCGGCAUCUUGGCAUUGGCCACCAGUUUCACCUCCUUAACUACAUCCAACAUCUACAUCGGGGAUAUGGUUGGAGCGUUGAUCUCUGGUCCCCUCAACGAUCGCUUCGGUCGCAAGACCGUUCUCUGGAUUGCGUCGCUCUUCGUGCUUGCGGGCGGAAUUACGCAGGUGGCGGACACAGACAUCGAGGGUAUCAUCGUCCUGGGUCAAGUGCUAUAUUCAGUUCUGAACCUGGCACUGCCUUCGUUGGAUGGGGUGGUAGACUCGGGACCUGAUAUGUUCAACUACGGGGGAAGCUCGGUCACAGGGGCUACUGCUAUCCAGGCUGCAAAAUUGUAGGGUUGCAUCCGAUUACGAAUG